UUUGGUCAGGAACGAGAGAUAUAGAAGGAGGAGGUUGGAGAGGAGAGUAGAGCAGAGAAGGUGAGUUAUGACGAACAUAUAUUUGGGAGCGCCGCCCGUAGCAGGGUAUGGGGCGCCAUCGCCAACUUUUCAGAGUACCAAUCAAGCGGGGGAGGUGUCGUGUUACUUAUGCGGCAAGACGGGGCAUUAUGCGAGAAAUUGCUGGGCCGCCGGGCAAGGCAGACCAGCCCAGCAGUAUCUUCCUCCACCGGUUACAACUGCAGUCGAUGAUGAAACGAACGAGAUGAAGGCCUACUUUCGAAAGAAGAUGCAGAGGCAAAAAGCGGAGGAGGAAAAGAAAGUGAGGGAAGAGGAAGGAAGGAGGAGGAGGGAGGAAGAGGAAAGGAGGGAAGCAGAUAGGCUGCGGGAAGCAGAGGCGAGAGAGGCGAAGUUGGAAGCCAAGCUUCUACGGCUGAUGAGUCAGCAUAGUCGACAGACGGGUAAUAAUCCCCCACCACUGGGGAAGAAAAAAUCUCCAACUACAAAAGCUCGAAUGUUAAGGGAGAUUCGAAGUUAUCUGGACGAGUCGGAUGAUGAGAGUGAAGAGGUGAAGGAAGAGGCUGAGAGACUCAUUGACGCCAUUGAGCGAAGGAAAGGGAAGAGAAGGAUGAACGGAGAAAAACGAGUACCGAAUCUCAGAGUUAAGACCAAUAGAGCGUCUCCAAUACUGAUUGACGAUCGUCCGGAGGAUGACGUGCAUACUCCUCCCGUGCGGAGAGGGCGGGAAGAUCGGGGUGCGUUGAAUGGGGAAGUGCUGAACUUCGCGCUGGAGAUGCACCAGAAGCUUUCGGCGAAGAAAGUUCCGGAGCUGCGGAAGAUUUGCAAUGAAGAGGGCAUUGAAUGGACGAAGAAAGAUUUGGCGGUUAAUGAACUGGUAAGGUGCAGAACCAGGUUGACAUAUGGCGAAAGCAGUGAUAACGUACACAUCGAUGAAAGGUGAGAGAGACGAUGGAUCGCCUUGAGACA